AUAGAAGACCGAACCGAAAGUGGAAUAGAAAAAGAAAAAAGGAAAAAUUUGCUGGUCAUCAGGGUCCGUUGCCAUGUUUGGUUGUUCCGGAAUAAGCAUUGACUUGUGUUUGGGUUUGUCUCCAAAAACAAAAACAAAAGCAAACACUAAAAAUACCAUGAAGCCGUGGACGACACACAUGCGCCGCCACCACCAAGGAUCCACCAUUACUAGUUUGCUCUCCCCUGCUUCCGAAACUAACCUGAUGGCGCUUACUUUUGAGAUACUUGGCAAGUUCAACCGUGCUCGUGCCGCUAGAUUGACACUCCCUCAUUUUGUAUGCCAAACGCCUUUGUUCAUGCCUGUGGGCACACAAGGAACAAUUAAAGGAUUGACAAAUAGCCAGCUGGAGGAAAUUGGUUGCCAAAUAAUACUUGGAAAUACUUAUCACUUGGAACUUCGACCUACUUCGGAGCUUCUUGAUGAAGUCGGUGGUCUUCACAAAUUUAUGAAUUGGAAACGGGCUCUGCUUACCGACUCUGGCGGAUUUCAAAUGGUUUCACUGUUGCAUCUUGCUGAUAUCACAGAAAAAGGUGUGACGUUUCAGUCACCAGUAGAUGGAAAGCCCAUGCUUCUGACUCCUGAGGAAUCAAUUCAGAUACAAAAUAGAAUUGGAGCUGAUAUCAUUAUGGCUCUUGAUGAUGUUGUAAAGACCACCAUCACUGGUCCAAGAGUGGAGGAAGCUAUGUAUCGAACACUUAGAUGGAUAGACAGAUGUAUAGAAGCUCACAAGAGACCUCAUGAUCAGAACUUGUUUGGUAUUGUGCAAGGUGGUUUGGAUCCUGUAUUGAGGGAUAUCUGUGUCAAAGGUCUGGUGGAGCGCAAUUUGCCCGGCUAUGCUAUUGGUGGUCUUUCAGGCGGUGAAGAUAAAAACUCAUUUUGGCGAGUUGUUGCUCAGUGCACUGCCUCUUUGCCAGAGGAUAAGCCACGAUAUGUUAUGGGUGUUGGUUAUCCACUUGACAUUGUUGUUUGUAGUGCAUUGGGUGCUGACAUGUAUGAUUGUGUUUAUCCUACCCGUACAGCACGCUUUGGCACUGCUCUCGUUCCUGAGGGAGUGUUGAAACUUAAACACAGAGCAAUGGCUGAUGACACCCGUCCGAUUGAUCCUACUUGCUCUUGCAUGGUUUGCAAGACCUACACCAGGGCUUACCUCCAUUGCCUUGUGACAAAAGAUGCUAUGGGGUCUCAGCUUGUGUCAUACCAUAAUUUAUAUUACAUGAUGCAGCUUAGUAGGAAUCUGCACUCUUCAAUAGUUGAAGGAAGAUUCCAAGAGUUUGUAUGCGAAUUUCUGCAGAAAAUGUUCCCGAAAGGUGAUGUUCCUGAAUGGGUCUGCGAUGCUAUGGAGGUGGCUGGAAUCGACAUUUCUUCUUGCUGUGCUACUCCAUUUUCAUCAUGCCAAGAAUAUGAUUCCGGAAAGUUGUCAGAAGAAUUAGAGAAGGCACAAAUGAUACAAGCAGACAGACUUGAAAAAGUUGUAUAGGAGAGAUGCACUAAUUUGUUUCUGAGUAUGAUUUCUUGCGGCAUAAAUUUUGUAUCCUCCUUAUGCUGCUUCAGUAAAAGUUAUCAUGUAGAGUAGCAUUUCUUUUUUGGUUCCUUUCUCUUAUUCAUCACAGGCAUCUCAAGAUUCAUUCUGUAAUCUGUACCAUAUUGUUAUUAUGAAGUGCCUUAUACUAGUA